AUGGCGGGAAAAGGAGCUGCACGCGGUCUGCAAAGGCGGGAAUGUUUGCGUGUGGUGUGGUCUGUGAGAGAAAGUAACGUUCUAAAAUGUAACGAGUAGGUCGAAUUUGACAAGAAUAACAUCUCGAAAUGAGGAAUUAGAGAUAAAACGUGUUUAAAGGUUAGCGCAGCAAGAUAGCAAGUAUGACCAUGCAAAGUAGGAGAUAGAGUAAACAACUUGUGAAGUAACCAAACACUGCGCUUAUUGUGCCUUGCCAUAAGCCCCAUGCAGAGAUCUUGCAAUAUAAAUCAGCUAGAAAAAAAAACCUAGUCAUGGAACUCCGGGGGACUCCCAUAAAAGAGAAAUGGGCACUGGUAGCUCUUUUAUGGGGUGUUAACUACAGAUUUUGGUCUCCCCUGAGGUUUUGAGGACGAAAAGCAAAAGUUUAUCCAUACAUGCAGGGAUUACCUAGGGUUCCGUGCAAAGAAACAUCUAUAAAAUUUAAGAAUCAAACGUCGCCAUAGUGUUUUGAAGACAGCAGUCCGUACAAAAUCGGUUGUGCAAUUAAAUUCACUAGCUCUGGCAUUUGACGGCUGCAUCAGUAUGUCUAUGCAUAGUCUUCUUAAAGGGGUUAAAUGAGGCCUCUGAGAAGCCAGGCCCAGAGUGGUCUCCUUUGCGGUUUAUUUCUAAUAGUCCGGCAAACAUCCCCAUCCCUUUGCCUUGAAGUCUCCCCCCCCCCGGAAUGGAACCCAGCUACGAGCUUAAUUAUUCCAUAGAAAACACUUGCUCUAAGUCUCCGAAUUCAGGAAUACUAUAUUAAUUUUGAAAGUAUACACUUCCAGAAUACGCGAGCUAGUUCAAGUCGUUCCUGAUCAUUGGCUUGCUUGCUCCUCCUCCUCUCUUCCACUUCUUUCUCUGCCGCAGAUUUCAUGCUACAAAGGCAGUCUUCUCAAUCACAGUGACUGUGACUUUGUUCAAAAUUUGGAAAUACUGAAGUAAAUAUAUGCUGAAGGGAUUUCGGUGUACUUUCUUUGAAGGCAAAAAGAGAAUUUGUUCUUCAAAUUGCAGAGUGAAAAAGAAAAAACUCCAAUUUAGUAGGGAAUCUUCAAGAGAACGCCUAAUUUCUUUGUUUUGGAUGUACUUGUGGCAAUAGACGAGUGUCGGACAAUUUUAACAGACAAAUUACUGAUGAAUAAUUGUCUAGAGCAAGCAUUAAAAUCUAGAUCAUAACAUACCGUCCUCCCGUUGAAUAACAACGCCUCUGUCAACUUCAAUUGCAAGUCUGUACACAACCACAUUUGUAGACUUUACAGUCAUGUUUCUACAAGGGAUAAGUUUUAUACUAAUACUAAUCUUUUUCUGGAAUUUUCCCCGAGAAGAUAAUUGGUUCAAGAAUAAUCUUGAGAAAUAUUUUCUUCUGUCAGACAAAUCAUCUUAGUGGUUUUGAAUAGUCAUGAAAGUAAUUUAUGUUUUCCUGUGCGCUUUGUAAUAAAGCAGUUUAUGUUUUUUCUUUCAAGGUAUAUCUGCAGUAAAUAUCUUAUGAACUGAACAUUUAAAAUAACAUCACCAGUUGUUAUAGACAUCUUUAGGUAUAAAAGACGAGACGACAUGUAUCGGUUCUUAAAACCGUUGAAUAUAUAUGAGCUACAAGGGCGUAAAUUCAAUGGAACGAUCUUUCUUUAUUUCCUUGGAGAUGUGAUAAUUAUCAUGCUCUAGCAGAACGGUGGAAAUCCUCUAUAUGACUCUUCUUAGCCGAUACCUUUGUCAUGGGCAAGUGCAUUUUUCAGAAUACUUGUGUAAUGUUACGUUAGCAAUAGGAACAAUAGCACCCCUUCGUAUGUUUUUAGUCCUAAAGGAUUUUAUCUUCAGUAGAGUUUUUCUUAUGUCUUGAAUAGCAUUCCGUCUGUGAAAGCAAUCUGUUUUGAAUUUGUACUUCUCGAGACUCAAGAAUUUCGUUUCCUUACGCUGUUCAUGAGACAAACGAUGAAGAAUCAACUUAUGAUACUCAGCUGACUCCAUUUGUUUCUGAACGGAGGUGAUGUGCUUUGAGUUCAAGGGCGUUUAAAGCUCGGCUUCAGAAGUCCUGCUUGUAGUCAUGAUGCGCUGUCCAUGCAACAAUAUAGAGCCUCAUUAGAGAACUCAGAAAAUUGCAAACUUUAGCUAAAGUAGAAGACUGGAGAAAAGAAUGUUGGUCGUUUCGCCUACACUGAAGUCGGUUCACCUACAGAAUCUUAAUUACUUCAUAUCACUAAACACCAAAUUCACCUGAAACUAACCAGAAUUUCAAGGGGUCUUAUCGGGAACUUAAAACGGCUUGAGACAAAGAAUUUGCAACUGAUUAAAAAAGUAGAGGUUGACACGUAGAUCUUCGAAGAGAAAUUGCCAACUAAAACUGCUAACCAUCAAUGAGCUCUGCAUCUGUAAAUUUGAUUAAUGUACCACAUUCGUACUCUAUCGAAAGUAAAAGACGCUAUUCACGGAAGACUGACUCUACCCUAAUCAGACUGUCGAAAAAGGAGCAUAGAUACCUACGCUACUUUAUAUGACCUCAUUCAUCCAUUCACAGAGUGAUGUAAAGUGUGUAAAUGUGCAAGUAUUCAGUGAAGUGAUCGAUGUGAAUAGAAUAAAGUAAUCACACUGAGAACGACAGCCAACCGGUAACACAGCGGUAACUUUUAGCAUAUAACAUUGCACUAGCCACCAGUGAGGAUGGAAUUAAAAAAUUAGUAAAAGUCACAGUGCUGCCACACAGAGCUAAUCGAUACCAUCGUCUGACGCGUUUAACAAAGCUGAAGCGGAAGAAGCAUCUCAAUUAAUAUCUCUAUCGUGCUAGACAAACUAUGAGCAAACCGAUUUAAACUAUCAGGCUACCAUUUCAUUCUAAACAACUGAACGAAUAACAUUUCACAUUACUAUUGCCAUUGCGGCUGAUCUUCAAUAGAAAUAUUUUCAAAAGCGUCGACCUUGAUCAAAAUUAGAAGGCUUGAGGGUCUAAACAGCUAUACUGACAUGACGGUAAGCAACUUGUCUAUAUUCAGAAAGUGAAAUCACGCUGAUAAAGUGAAACCGAGAUUAGAGAACACGACAAAUGCUAGAAUUCGUUUGCUAGAGCAUUUCCAACUAUAGUGUCUUUACAACAUUUGACUCUUAGAGGAAUAUUACUGACAUGAAAACCUUGUUAACUACUAAUAGGCAAUCAUUAAUUAUUAUAUUAUGACCCAAUACGGAGGAAGAAAUAAGCUCUGUCCCUUUUGCAGAUCUAAUGCCGGAUAUUGGAGGCAAAAUGUCCGUCCUUUUAAACGGUCCUAUAUAUUCGACUGUAAGGGAAAUACUUUAGGAAAAAUUUCAGUUUUGAGUUCCAAAUAAAAAAAUAUUUAGAAUACCUCCUGGAGACAGAAAAAACCAUACAGGGCUUAAAUUAAAGAAAUCGUGUCAUCAUUUUGUUAACCUUGAAUUGAAGAAAUCUAUCUCAUCUUUCUUCGAUUUACACGUACAUAGCAUGAUUAAACUUAAUCGUUUUAUAUCUUAAUUCAUUUUGUUACUAUUAUGUUACUUUUUCUUUGUUAAGUUUUAUGUUUUUGCAGCGGCUGUAUAACUUUAUACCGACUGGUUUAUCGUUUGCAAUGACUAAGCUACUUAACGUGCUGUUGUUCACAUUCACUGCAAAGAGACCGUUUUAUGAGUCACAACUCAGCAAUCACACAAGGGUGUAUACACUAUAGUGAUCAGGAUUGGUUAUACUGAAUUUGCAUCACUAACUCAAGUUUUCGAGAUGUCAAUUUGUCAGGCUCAGUUAGUGCUUGGGUGAGAAGGAUAUUUUUUGCUCGUAGUUGCAUGGAAGAAUCAAGGAAAACAUACCCUGCUGUCCCUUAAUCAAUCAUAACAAAAAUUUGAUAUUAGUAUUGUACAAAUCAGGAACUUGCAAAGAAAGGUUAUGGUUUCUGGGAUCUUGCGUGUCGGGAAACCACCUCAGUCAUCUUUGCAAAGUGCACGCUUACGAUAUGCACGCACGAGUUGUUGACAUAUCAGAAAUCGAAGGAGUGAGCACAACACGAAAGACACAAAUCAAUGAGAACGUAAAUACCCAUACAAAGCACUUUCCAUGUGGUAUUGUGUUAAUUAUAUAUCGAUAUACACAUAAUGAGAUCAAUCUAUUGCUGUGCCUAUCUAUUUUAAAUCUUUCCGAGGGCUAAAAUGAUAAAAUUUACCGCUAUGGUCGUGAAAUGACACAGCAUGAACGAAAACGACGUUACUUCAAAAUGAGGCCAAGGAUAUGAGACAAUACAGAAAUUCAUGUUAUCUAAAUUUUUUGCUCUGAAUCUAAAAUUGUCGGCGGAAAUUGAAAGAAUUUAGUGAAAUGGCUGGUUUGAAUAAGCUUGACAAAAGACAAAAAAGCUCCUAUUAAAAGUACAACUCAAGCUUACUUGUUUUUUUUCUCGAAUUUUCCCUUUCUACCGUUGUCAGGAGCUCCUGCUGUUGCUUUGCAAGCUCUCUACAAUUUUUUUCAGUCUUUCGUAAACCUACAUAGUCCAGGAUAUGUUUACAGUUAUCGACACUGAGGCCCUGUCCAAACGUAUCCGGAUAUUUUUGAUAACGGAGUUCCGUUUUCAAAAUAAACUACGCGUCCACACGUAGAUGAACAAUAUGAUAGCAUCCCUUACAGGGCAUGCUUAAGUGAUGUAUGACAUCAUCAUAUUCGAAACCUCUUCCGUCCACAGUGCCGUAAUCAGGGGAGGGCUCCAGGGGUUCCGGAACCCCACUUUGGGCUAUGAGACUGGCUGUAAUUUCAAGCUGGCAAAGGAGAAAAAAAUCAGAAAGGUAUCAUAUGCCAUAUCGAGGGUUACAGUAUUAGAAUUAUAAUGAAGAUUAGCAAGAGGUCUGUAGAACAACAUUGCCCAGCUUAUGCGAAGCACAGUGCCAGGUUGAAAGCCAUUAAGUGCAUGAUUUUUUUGCACUUCCCAUCAAUGCUAAUAGCACUAGAAGCUAUGUCAAGUGGGCUGCUAUUUGCAAACCAAUUUGAGGAUUUUAAUUAUUAUAUCUGGAACUGGGACACUGACAGCAAUAGUAAGGCGAACAGCCCAUUACAUUACAUGUGGCAUCCAAUGCUAAUCCAUCAAUACGCAGGUUACCAGAUUGCCUUUCAGUAUUACAGCCACUCAGUGUCAUACUGAAAAAGCGAGACAUCGAUUUCUUCCAGGCAUACAACCACUUCAAAGAUUUGAAGUGUGCGGCUACAAUAUAUCUGAUUCAGAGGAGACAUCGAUAAGUAUGGCAGGGACUGGUACAGAAGGGUACCCAACUCAGCGAGAAAAGCAGUCGAUCAUCGAGCCAUCUAUGCCACGCGUAGUUGUUCGGCAGCAGCUGCACCGAAGCAUGCAGAAACGCCAAAGGAUUAGUACAAAAGGGCACUCACAAUUGAUCUUUUGGAUAAUCUUAUUUCUGAGAUAUACACCUAGUUUGGCUCCGGUAACAAUGCUGUCGGCGAUGUCUUCCAUUCUGCGCAUAUACUUGCAGCCUUGCUAAUUUUGCUCGUAAAGAAAUAUCCCGUGCAACCUGCUUUGUAAAUGACCUCCCAUAAACCCAGGUUUUUGACUUUGACGCAGAUCAAGACCUUCCUUUAGUGCAGCUGAGACCUUGGCAGAGAGUGACCGUGAAUUCUAUCCAUUGAAACGCAGACAAUAAAGUUGAUACGUAUUUUUUGUACGUCGCCAAUUACAUUUGUGGAAAGCGAGUAAUCGUUCAGUACAUUGUGCCGACUGAAAACAUGCUCAAGAGCGACUAUAUCCAGCGAGCGAGUGUCUGGACUUGCUUUGUUCUUUCCCCUCCCCUCGUCUCACCCUCUUCGCUCGCCUCGUCUUUCAGGCAGGCUACUCUAAUAAACUUGUGUUGAAGUAUUGAAGUAGGCAAAUUGACUUAAGUACAGCAAUAAUCGACAUUUUUUACACGGAGGCGCCUCUUUCCUGCGUAUAUUCUAGCUGAGUGAACGGAUUAUCACAAGACCACAGUGUUUCAGUUAUAAAGUAUGUAAUCAGGAGCUCCUGAGGUAAUGUAUUCAGCGACAACUAUUGACUGAUGUAAUUUUAACCAUCUCUAAGAAGCGUGAUUUUAAUCCCCUCUCAGAAAUUUUUAGCUACAUUUAGCACUGACAUUGGUAGAAAUUUGUGGCCCGAGCGGCGAGAUUGGUACAAAUAUUAGCUCCAAAAAAACUUACAAAAACAAAACCUUCACCAACAAAAUAAAGACGUUGAUGUUUGUAAAUAACAGUCCUACAACCUGGGGGUUAUCCCCUGUAAAAGUGACGGGAGUGCUCGUUGGAAAAUUUCGAGAACACACCUGAAGGGUACCAGAAUCUUGUUUUAUAUCUUGUUUUAUGGGUGUGUCUCAAAUUCCUUUCCCCCACUAAGUGGUACCAACCGGCAACAACAACAAAUUAUAUAGCUGGCGCUAAUACAUUUCUCAGAUCGAUAACCCUAAAAGGCACCGAGACAACUCUGGCAGCAGACAUUUUAGGUUUUAGCACCCUAAGCGGUACCAAUCCACAAAUUCAAACCUUAAAAGGUACGACGAACACCCCCGUCACUUUUAUAGGGGAGUACCCACCCCCCUCGGGUCCUACAGUUCCACUGGUCACGUGGUGAUGGUAUGUGCACAUAAUAUUCAGCAGGAAUAUUAGGGACGAACCAUUAGAAAAGUUAUGGGGGAAGGGGAGGGCAAUUUUCGAGCCGCAGUAAUUUGUUUUCGUUAUCAAAUUCCUUGUAUGAAUUCUUUUAGGCCAUAGCAUGAAUAUUUUUUAGGAUUAAUUGGCGUGCAAGAAUUUUUUUCAUUUAAUUUUCCUCUGCGCGAGUAUUUUUUGGGUACUUCGCCCCCCCCCUUCCCCCAUAAGUUUUCUAAUGGUCUGUCCCUAAAGUGCAAACUAUAAGUUAAUAUGUUAACUGCGUGACCAUAUUUGAUUACCCCUCAUCAUAUUAAUUGAUAAAACGAGACACCAGCCAAAAGGAUUUUUUUCAUGUAGCAUGCACUUUACAUAGCUAUUAUAGUGGAAAAGGGCAUGGGUAUUUUGCAGAACGCAGAAUGCAGAAGGCAACAUGGCAUUUUUCUCAGAGGGUUAGAAACAAUGCUUAAUUGUUGUCGCGCCUCAUUUGCAUAUUGAGAACACUGUUCUCAAUAUGCGUUCUGAAUACCCCUGCCUUAGUGGGAAAUGCUAAGCAAAUCAUUGGUUUAGAAGGCUUGUUCGAAUUAAAAUGGUAACUGGAUCAGUUUUUCUUCUCGCAAGCCACCCGCUCAGAGAUUAUGGUUUACACUGAAUUAAAGGUCCAGGAGACAGCUUUCUUAUUUCACGAAUGAGGAAAUUUAUCUUCAUCAAUACUUUCACGUGACAGAGUUCAUUGUUAAUUCAUGCUGCGACACUUGAUUGUUUCUGUUUGUUUGUUUGCCUGCUUGCUCGUUUGUUUACCAUAAAUUUGCCCCGAAGUCUAUGAAGGUUACGGAGACUAUGAAAUAGAUAUGUUGUGGUUCGAUUUUCUCUUGGUUUAAAUGUUAUUUUGCUCUAGUUAUGGUAAUUUAUGGUAAUGUAUGUCAUGAUUAGAACAAAACAGAUACAUUUCAUUGUUUAUUAUCAUUAUCAUUCCUAAAGGACUCUGCUGUGGUUAAGAUGCGGUUUUGAAGACUUCCUUUGUGAUACUGGGAGGCAUUUCUCAAUAUGUUAACCCAGCGAGAGUUAAUAAAAUUUCCGGGGGGGAUCUGCCAAUGUAACUUAUACACGUAUGUGCGCAUUCUCGUCCCCAGAACCUCCGUGGAGGCCAGGGUUUGAAGUCCUAGAUUUUAGGACUUCCGGUCAUUUCUAAUAGCGGUCACUUACUCUUGCCCAGGUGGCAAUGACUGUAAUUUUAGGCGAUUCAAAGCUUUUAAAAGAGAAUCCUCCAACUUACUUGUGAAUCGGAAAUCACCGGAAGUCCUAAAAUCUAGGACUUCAAAUCCUUUGUCCGCAGGGCCUCCCGGUCCUCGUUCUUAGGCCCCCAGGAGGCUCAGGGGACGAGAAUGGUAUGUGCGCAGGAUUGGGAAUGGUUUUCGAGUUCUCCGUCGUUAAAUAGGGUAUCUUUUUUGGUAUUGUGGUCCUUGAUAAAGUGCCUGAUAACAAGGGAUCUAAGCUGCUGAAAAUACAGGGUACCCAACGACUGCUCUCUGUAAAAUGUCGGAGAAGUAAAUAUUGCCUAGAAUUUUCUAUACCUUAAGGACGGAUAAAAAUUUCUCGAUGACCGUUACAUUCAUGUACAAUUUUUGAAGCUUACCUAAUAAAUUCCCUACGAUUUUCAGGUUAGGCAAUUUUUCGUACAAAAAUGAAAACGUUAAAUUUUCGGAUCAAAAAUGUGAUGGAGAGAGGAAUCAGAAAAAUUCUUACUAUCGUAAUACGUUAUAUUGCACCUAAAAUUUUCGGAAAAAUAUUACUGAAGCCCUUGUAAUUUCGAAAAGACUCAAGUUCCCCUAGGAUGACCGAACAGGUACGAAUUUUAUAGCGCCGCUUAGAAUGCAUUAAUAGAAUGCAUUGAUAGAGAAAAAGUGUUUUCAAAUGUAAGGAAGAAACUCGUUGGGUGGAUAGCCUAAAAAGUGUUUUCAAAUGUAUUUAGGAAGAAAUGGUCGUUGGGUGCCCCCCCCUUCUCCCAGCUCAAAUAAGCGCUCACCCCGCCCCACCCAGUUAAUUUGCAACGGAGAAAAAAAACCUUGAUAAUUAGGUUUACAUUUUGUUGCGUGCAUGGUUUAUGAAAUGGUGAAAAUUUAAUAAGCGCCCAGCCUCGAAUAAGCGCCCAAUAAGCGCCCAUAGAAAAAUGUGAUGAAAAAUACAACCGCCCAUGCAUAGAAAAGUCAACCUAAUGGCGUCAGUUAAUAUUCCUGAGCCUGAAAAGAGUGUAAUUUUUUAAAUUCUAUUUACCCUUGUAAAAUAGACCUUUUGCACAUAACGUCACGGCGGCCAAAUAACGAAACGGCGGCCAUGUUGGUGUUUCGAAUCAAUCCUGUUGGAGUUGAACUCUGCUAUCAUGAAAACGCUUUCUUUUCGUUUUGUUUUUUGUUGUUGUUAUUGUUGCUUUUCAAAAAUAUUUGCAUAUACACUGGCCACGUGUGUUAAAACACUUUAAGGGCUAGAAGCUUAGGACUCUUAAAGGCACACACCUACCCUAAAUUGGCCUGGGUACCCCCCCUUCCCCCGGGAUAACUCUCGAAAACAGGUUUUGCCUUGAAUCAUUUGACUAGGACAAUAACUGAAAGGUCAGCGCAGACAGUGCUUAUUCAAGGCCCUUUAAAAAUUUAUCCGAUGGAUCUGUUGGCAGACUGUCGAUUUAGAUUAUCGCAAUUGGCCAAUUAAAACAGUAUUAGGUGAUUAUUAGUGAAUAGCAUAAAAACGUAUUAACGUGGAGUAGCUACUAAAUCACUUAAAUAGGAUUUGAGGCGUUGGGAAAUCGGGACAGGAUAGAAUUAACAAUCAAGUUUGAUGCCGGCAAGUCACACGGAAUCACCAUUCAGUUUUACAUAUCUGGCUUAAAAUGAUAUCGCUAAACGUCGUUUACAAAAAUCAUUUCUAUAUAUCUCUACUUACCCUAUUCGGUUGGUUGCGCGUAUGUAUGUGACAAGGCAAUGAUUCCACAAGGAACUUAUCCUACUAAUACGACUGCUUGUUGCCAAACGUUUGUAUAAAUAUGAACAUACGGACUUCUAGAGGAGAACUCAGUGUGAAACGCUACGAUUCACGCCGCUUUUCAAUGCAUUUUCUACAGGUUUUAUUCAUGCCGGAAUGAUCAAAAUGUCUGCAUGAUCUCGACGCAUUUUCUUCACGAAGUAAGACUUUUGCUUCGGCACAGCUUGAUUUCAGAUUUUAAGGUCAAACGCCAGACGAAGUAUGUGACAGCGCAGAUACCGUGGUGGUAAACUCAAAAAAGACAUGUACAAGCCAAAUAUCUUUGUUUCCUCACGGAUUGCAAACAGAUUCAUAUUGGAUUUCCUUCCCGUUUCCUUCAAAAGAAAUGUCCGCUCACUGGGACGAAUUCGACCACCACGUGUUCCGUUGUUUAAAUACCAAAGCUGAUCAACAGCAAAUAUUGGCGAGCGAUCGUUCUUGAUGGUCCAACAAUAUUUCCAUGAAAGACCAAAAUGUGAUUGGCCCUGAAGGAUGUAUCUCUUUCAAAAACAGACAGUUUGAAUCAAAACUUUUUUUUUCACUUUUUGUUUUGUUAUUUUAUGAAUCUUCGACAUUUAGUGCUCAGGAUGGAAGUAGAGAUGAAGUCCAAAUAAGGUAUGCUCCCACGAGGAUGAAAUACAUCCAAGUGUAUUUUAAAUAUACUAAAUUUCCUUUUGUUGAAUACUGAGCUCUAACAUAGACAAAUAUUACAAUGAGAAAAUCAGGUACAACCUAGAAGAUUUCAUCGAAAUGGCCAUAUAAUAAGAUUUUUUUACAAACCCAAAAGCUGGAACAAUGAGUACAUCGGUUUAGUUUGCACCCUGUGAAUCAGUACAGGAAAAACGCCUCGGCAACUUGACCCAAGUGCACCUUAGUCGCCCAGCAAGUAUGAUUGAAUUCUAAAUAACUAUUGUAACCUUUUAACCUCAAGAGGGCUAGAAAUGCACACAGAAUAUAAACAAUUCAGAUGACGAAAAGUUAAAUAAACACAGAAAAGAGGUGGUUCCUUCCCUUGUUUUGAUCAAUAUAGUUUAACAGUGAAGAUCGCAUUUUAUAGACAUUACCCACAACGAUCAUUUUUUUUAAAAAAACCUUAAAACUUAAAGAUCGUACUUCCCAAACACUUUUGAUAGCACAACGAAAAAUACACUUAAAAAACAUUUUAAUCACAAACUUUCCCGGACUUUCUGCUUGAACGUCGAAAUGGUAUUUUCAGAAGAAAGACAACAACAGCGAGAUUUUCUUCUGUUGGAAAUCUUUAUUCCGCAAAUUCAUACGUUAAUUAUAUAUUAUGUCCUUUCAGAUAAUGAUAUUGUUAGACUUAGCCAAUCUUUUGUCAGCCAUGACGGACAGCAUGGCUCUACAAUAGCACAACACCACAAAGUGAAUCUCAAACGGUUACCCAUCGUACAUAAACAUGCUCUUUCACCGCAAAUGCAGUUGUCACUGACAAAUGGCGUGGCUUAAAUAAAUGUAGCAUAUGUACAAUCUUAUUUUUUUGUUUUGUUUUUCGGGAGCGAUAGGGCCGAGAAUACGAAAAAAAUUUAUACAAGCGAGUGUGAGGUAGCAACCUCUUCGUAUUGGGCAACUAUCAAAAAUAAAAGAUUAUAUUAGCUGCCAAAACCGUGGACGAAGAUCCUGCGUUGGAUCUCUAGAAAAGAGCCACUGGAAUUUGACAAGAUGUCACACAGAACCGUGCUCAGUGUAUUAAAAUUUUAAAAUUUAAACGCCUAGCAGUUCAAAACUUUGAACGCCAAAAUCGAGAUCUGAUUUUUAACCAGUGCGGUCGACAAUUAGAACACCAUGACCGUCUAAAAUUCUGUACGGUAAAGGCGUGGUGCUUACUAACGCCAUUUUGGAAUUCUAUGCUAAAGAGGCGCUCUGCGCAAGAACUCUGAGAGAUCGUAAAACCACUGAAAAAAGUUGGAAUUCAAUCUCGGGUUCGUCAGUUCCGUAUGAACAGGUCGCAAAAUUGAACGGUUCGAUGUAAACGAAGUUUCUGUUUAAUUGGUGUGCAUGUAAAGUAUUAAACGCGUUUACGAGCUGUCUAGUUUAACAAACAUGGAUCAGAUUUUCUUCAUAAAAAUUUGCUUUUCGAGCCUUGCUUGGCUAUAAAUCAGUUUUAGUUUUGUCGUUAAUUGCCGGUUGAUUAUAAGAGACACCCAAAAAGUUGCUUUUCGAGCCUUGCUUGACAGCACUACAAAUUUUAGUUUUGUCGUUGUUUUGAUUAUAAGAGACAUCCUCAUGAUGUGUCAGGUUAUUAAAUCUCGUAUUAGUACCUUACUCAUAUAGAUAUCUGAGUCAGUUAUAGUCUAUUAACAACACGCCAUUACAGAUGAACGAUGGUAUAGGUGGCUCUAACUUUUGAUUCCUGGGGUAAAAUACUAUGGUCCGUGUGACGUCUCAAAUGAAACCUGUCAGGCCACGAUAUUUCAGGAUGUUACAACUUUAAGGUGGCCCGUUCCUAUUUAUAUGCGCGUUGGUUAUGUUUUUGAGUCGCGCUUUUCGGCAGGAAAAAUUUAACUGAUUUCUAUGAUUUUUGGCAUAAUUAAUAAAAAAUGGUCAAACUUUAAGAAACUGUCAUUUAUUUUCUUGUAGAUGUAAAAAUUUCGAGACACCGGCAUACGUAGUAAAACCGCAUUUUUACAAAAAAUGUCAAUAACUUCAAAACCCUAUGACAGAUUUUUUUCUAACUUCAGCAAAUAAGCCUCAGGGCCUGUCAGGGCUCUCUAGUUUUAUGUGAUCUUCAAGUUUGAAGUCAAUCGUGACCGUAGACCUCGAUGCACAAAUACCUGGUCAAAUUCAACUUUAAUAUGCAACGCUAACACAUGAUUUGUGAAAGUUGACGCACGAAUAGAGGAAAACUGCUGACGGACUAUCUCCUAUCUGCAGGGGUUAGUACUCUUGCCAUUUUUUGUAAAAUGCGGUUUUAUUUAAACAUAUGCCGAUAUCUCAAACGUUUUUAUACCUACAACGAAAUAAAUAAAGUUUCCUAAAGUUCGACUAUUCUUUAUUAAGGAUGAUUAAAAUCAUGGAAAUCUGUAAAAUCAGUCUUUCCUGAUGCCGAAAACGCAAUUUUGAAAACAUAACCAACGCGCAUAUAAAUAGGUUCGGGCCCCUUAACUGUUUAGAUUUUAUUAGUAUCACGAGAAUUCUGCGAGGUUUUUGGGUAGGGCUACGGUAAGUGUUUGCCGGUACGCUCACUGAUAGACAAACAAAGUAGGUCUUGAAAGACAAGAGAAAGACUUAAGAAGUCAUUGGAGGUACACUUACUGACGCGUAUAUAAACUCCGAAUCCAAAUUGCAAGGUGAAAGCAAUGGUUUUCUGAGCGAUUUUCCCCAAAUAUAUAACACAGUCGACUCCAACCAGUGUUAAGUUUAUAAAAACACUUAUUAAGUUUGCAUGUAUAAUAAGUGUAACUUUUUGCAAGGUCACUGAUGUCAAUAUUUAUGAAUCACUAAACGCUUACAUUUCAUCUAUAAGUGCGCCAAAUCUUGGGGGCACGGCCUGUUGAAAGCUGACGUCACGCGAAAGCUUCCACCGUCAACUUACAAUAUAAGCCUAUCGGCAACUAGCAGAUAACACUGAUUGGAAAAUUUAUUUCUGAAGCAUGCAUCAACGCGAACCAUUAUAAAUUUUGGCUAGUUUUUAAUAGCCAUGUAGCGUACAUACCGGUACCUCCCACGAAUACAUUGUCACAAGCACCAUUUAGCAGUCAGAUACAGAGGUGCUAUGAUAUGGAACAGUUUACCAAAUAGCUCGAAGGAAAAUAAGUUAUUGUGGAAGAAAAUUGAAAUGUUUGGUUCAACAAAAAUAUACUGACUCUACGUAGUGGAAUCCGAUACAUACAUAAUAGCUAUAUUCCUGUUGCCGCGAAUGUCUGUAAUGGAUAAAUUAAAACUCCUUGGAAAAGCUCAACAAACUUGCAGAGAUCUACUGCUACUGGAUUGUGUAAUGGACUUAAAUAAAAGAUUGAUUCGAUUGAAUGAUUGAUUGACUUUGAAAGAAAAAGUCGCUUAAUCAACGCAGAAUACAAAUGCAAAACGUUGUAGUCGUUAGGGAAAGUUGUGUUAGUGUUAGCUAAAUUAAGGCUUUCUAGCUUUACAAGAAAAAGAAAUGCUGUUUCAGUCAAGAUCAAUAUAUAUAUAUAUAUAUAUAUAUAUAUGCCUUCAUGUCAUUCGGCUGAAAUGCUAGUUCUUAUAAAAACUAAUCCUAUAUAGCUCGUGCAUGAGAGGUGUGCGAAGGAUUACCCAUGAUAUCUCAGAUAUCAGUCCAGCUUCUUUCAUUUUGCAAACGGAAUUAUGUAAUCUGUUACUAAGUAUCUUAGGCCGCUUCCUUGAGCACAAAACUCUCCAGCUCUACGGAAAAAAAAAUGCUUGAUAUGCUCCUUUCUAAGCGGCCAUGACAUAUCAAACGCAACGCCUCUGUUAUGGCACAUUGUUUACCAAACUUUGAAUUAUUUACUAGUCAGUUUAAUUUAACUGCAAAUAUUCACGUUAUCGUAGAAAAAGACGACAAUGUUACUGUCAUGUCAUCCGACAGCGCACGGCAAUAAAUGACGCUUCUUAUUUGAAGUCUCCGUCUUUCUAUCGAUCUUUCCUGAUAAAAGAAGUUUCUUUUUUUUACUAUUUUGAAGUUAUUUUAGUUCAGCUGCCCUUGUAUCGCAAAUACCUUUGGUGCAAAAACACUGAGGCAAGUACGUCACAAACAUUCAAAUACCCAGCCUAGUUUUUAGUUUUUUUAUUUAAGGUUUUUAGACGCAGUCGGCUUCCAACAUAAUUGAGAGACAAAGACACACAUAAAUAAAACGCUCAUUACUUUAAUGCCUUUAGUAGGAAGGUCGACGCACUAAAAGCCAGAAAGAGAAUUGUUGCAGAACGUUCAAUAGCUUUGGACGGCAUAGCCUCCAAAACUCCUGGAAUAUAGAAAAGCUACCAGCUAAUUACUAUACGACACAACAAGAAAAUAUAUAGGCAGUAAAAAGGACUGGCCAACUUUUUAUGUCAAGGUAAUAAAAGUUAAAUUACUAGAUCUGAUAAGAUUGCUUUCGACACUCAAAUAUCGAAAACUCAAUCUUCGACAAGCCUUUCUCCUCGGCAUUCAAGAACUUAAUAUUACCUUUUAAGACGUAAAGUGUUUUGAAAUAAAAUAAUUUCAAUCAAAAUAAAAACAAAUUUAAUGUUACUCACACCUCUUGAAAUCGAUGAAUAAGAGCUGACGGAAGGUCUGCCGGAGGAAAAAAACAAUGAAAACCUCUCAGCUUAACCAAAAUAUUCCCCCUCUUCCUGUCUCGUAAUUGAUGAAAUACGCUGAUAAUAUUGAAUGCUGCGGGGGCAACUCAUUCGAUACUCGACCAUGUACCUAAUUCGCAAGCAAAAGCAGUAUUGGGGAUCAAUGUUGCCAAUCAACGCAUUCUCUACAAAUAACCAGUAUUCCUAUCUUCAAAAUGUCAGUAAAAUUCAUAGUCAGCUUAGUAUUUGUAUGACAAUUUCAUUGCCGGGAAAUUUAUUCACUUACAGCCUUGCCAACUCAGUCCCUUAUGUCCCUUGCGCAUUCCCCUGUGCUAGCUUUCAUUUUAAUGGUUAUAAUUAUAACUUACAAUUGUUUCAUGAAGCCCAAAAAUAAGGUUAACAUAGCGUGAUUAACAAUAUUGACCAAAAAGAAUAAUAGCUGUACGUUAAAUUAGGCUUGUUUAGCUGAGUACCCUGUGUGUAUUAGAUGAAUGGGUCUCCUGUGUCGUGUCAUCACCAAGAUUUUCUUGGUCAGCUGAACUCCACCAAAACCACUUCUGACGUAUUUGACACUUCCCUUUGGAGAUCAUCUAUAUAAUUCAUUUCUCAUAACCUCUUCUCUUAUUGAUGUAUUGAGUUGUCAGGAGAAAACUGACAUUGGUCACUUCUGACGUUAGGUUUUAUGCAACUGACACCUGUACAGUCAAGUCCCGCUUAAUACGCACGCCUCAUUGUUACCGACAGUUUGCUUUGUCCCUCUGGAGAGGGAAAUCCCUUACAUUUUUUCUAAAUUUAACCCCUUUAAAACGGACACCAUGUUUUUUAUAAAGACACUUUCUUUCGGUUCUUCCAGUAGGUCAAAUGCAGUUGUGUCUAAGAUUAACACCGGAUCUUUACUUAAUACAGGAUGUCCGCUUAGACAGGCUGACGUAGAAUAUGCAUGCUUAAGCCAAAAAUCACCUUUGUUUACUAUGUAAAUUCAACAGGCGAGGAAGAUGUAGAAAAAGUUCAAUGUUGCAAACAUGAAAACAAGGUCUGAAAAUAAGACAACUGGUUCAUUGUGUCCAUUAGGCACCCAGCAAGAGUCACAUUCCAUAUAUGUCGUUGUGUUUUCAUUCGCGCUUUGCGCGCUGUGCGGCGGGUAGUAAUGAAGAUGUAAAAAAAAUUCAAUGUUGCAAACAUGAAAACAAGGUCUGGAAAGGAGACAGCAGCACUGAAAGAUAACUCUCGCUUGUGGCAAACUAUAAGGGAAAAAAACCGCCUGUUUAAAUAAAAGUAGCUGUAAAACCUUGCGGAGUUGUGUAGGCAAAUGUACCGUUUUUCAGCCAUCCUUUAUUUACCUCCUUUUCCAAUGCUUUCAGGUUAGUCUAUUUUGUUUUUUAUAUUUAUUUUUCCAGUGACGCAAGGUGUGCACAGACGUACUGUGGCGUACAGUUAGCUACGCCAAUGACGCGUAAUUUGGACAAUGAUGAUCUUGAAGCCAGACGGCAAUACAUUCACAGACGAAGAGAACGAAUAGUUUUCGUUCUUUUAUAGCAGGAUUGGCUCAGUCGGUAGAGCGCUUGACUGUAGAGAGGGAGGUCGCAGGUUCGAUUCCCUGGGCUGGACCAAUACUCAGGGUCUUAAACAUAACUGAGAAACGAAGGUACUUCCUUUGCCCCGCAAAUGGCUAGACCUUCGCGUGGCUCGCCGGAUGACCAAGUAAAAUGGCGGACUCGUCUCCAGUUGGAGGCAUAAAAAUAGUGUCCCCAAUUAGUAACUUUCGUGCUAAAUACAUUGAUACUCAAAUAAAGCGCAUUUUUUUCAAGUCUGGAAACAGAUAAUCAACAGACCUUCGGUUAAUACAGAAGUCGUUGACUUUAGGAAUGAAUUCAAUCAUCGAAGAGAAAAAUAUAACUUGAAAGUGAUUAUAUGAAAAAAAGUCAAGCGAAAUGAGGAAUUAGAUCCUCGCAGUCAAAUGAAGAACUUAACGUUAAGCUGUUGAAAAAGCAGCUUGCAAAAAAAUUAAGGCUAAACCAGGAAUCAAACUCUUUCGAUUUAUAAUAUGCAGAAAUAGUGUCCUUUUUUAAGGCUGAUUGAUGAGGCAGCAUUCUAGCCAUUUUUUGGUAAUGUUUUUGUUGUUUUGUUUUCAGUAUUUUAGGGCAGUGGAUUUUAAAAAACUUGCCAGUUUUGGGAUCAAAUCCCGCUCUGGUAAGCUUCUAUUCGGCGUUGUUCUCGGAAGCGACAACUUCAACUCUUCAGUCAUGCUUGUAAUUAGCCAACUGGUCUGCCUGUGGCCAAUUUGGGAUUCUUGCCAUAUUUAUUCGUAUACAUAUUUUUUUCUGUCCUUAUUUGUGCACCACAAUGUAAGCUACAGGAUCACCAGCAAUGGUGUUUAUCCUUUAAAGCCAUUUUUUUACAUAUCUAUAUGACAACGGAUAUUCAUUCAUUCAUUCAUUGUUUCUUUGUUUCUUUCAUAGAACAAGUUAACCCUCUCGAUGAGUUUUUGUUACUUCGCCUGUUAAUAUGAUUUAGAUAGAAUACCGUCUAGAUAAUUCCAAAUGACCGAUACGCGAAUGCGCUUAGCGGGGGGCCCGUUUUAACCAAGUGCUCUUUACAAGAAAAUUGAGACUGAGUGAAUUUGGGCUUUGGCUAAUGUCCGAUUUAUGAAGAAUGUCUGCUAAACAUGGACUCCGCCUAAUCCCAGGAUCUCUCUUAGUUUAUCCACUACACUUGAAUAAUUGGAUUUUGUUAUUUUUCAAACGCAAAAUGUCCGGUUUGGUUGUAAAUUAGUUAAGGAUGACAAGCUAUACUGGGGGGCUUCUUAGACUAGUUAUAUCCGUUGUUUUGCGAAAGAAUGAAAAGAAGAAAACCCGCGUUGUCGAAUCGCCAAGGAAAAGAAACCUUUCGACAAUUACGAGUUCGAGAUUUGCUCAAUACUAAGUAGUGCUCGCGCGUAAAUCAUCGUCACUUUGGCCGAAAAAACGUGGUAUUAGCUGUGGUCAGUCUUCUUCUUCUUAGCGAGCUGGGUCGGGUUGUCCGAGGCUGGGUUAAGGAAACCCUUAGUUAGUGCGAAAUUUGAACUCAGAUAUGAGAGCUUAAAAGGCAAAUUCAGUUAAAUUCUCUUGGCCUACAAUUUGAUGAUUGGAUACUCUAAAAAGAACAGAGGAAACUAUCCGAGAGAGUGCUUAAAAAAACGAACCCCGGGAUAAAAUUUAACCCUGGGUUAGCGCUAAUCGGCGUUCGAACAACUGGGCCUGAUGCCGAAGUCACGGAAACGGUUUAUCAAUUGUUAAUAUUAGAAGCUGUAUUUUUUUACGAUCGGGAGAAGACUUAUCCUUCUUCACUGAUAACAGUGCUAACUUUUCUAGUGACAAAUAAUAAAAUGAAUUAAGCUUUCCGGGAAAUUUAUUUUUUGAGAAUACGUGGAGAAAUUUUUAGUCAAAUGUCGUACUCUUAGUCGUUCUCGUCGUCGAAUCUAAAAUUCUCUUAUAACGAGGGAGAAUAACCCAGAAAUCAGAAGCCAAACGCUAACUCAUCCAGACGGACGAAACACGUCAUCAUAUGUGUGAUGGCCCAAAAUAAACCCAGAUUUCCACUUAAUCUUGCUAAGGGAUCAAUUUAAAAAAUUAAGCAUGAUAUUGCUUCAUAGCAGUUGAAGGCUCCGACCCACUGCUAAAAGGAAGCAUUUAAUGAAUAUUGUUAAAUCGUAUGAGAAUGUUCUUGGAAAAGUAUAAAGAGGGAAUCCACCAGGAAAUUGAAUAAUUUUAAUUUUCAGUGGGCAAAAACCUUGUACAGAAUAAUUUAAAGCAUAAACAGUUUUUUUUUUACAUUUUUCAAGGGCUAAAGAUGUAAUUAGUUAUCUGUAAUAACACCAAAGAAAAUUUCUAAUGGAAGCCCGAGGAAAUGAAUGUCAGAUUUCACAAAAUUACAUCUUUCACAUGAAAUUUUCAGAAUUUUACCUGUGUUUUCACAAUUCUUUUACAGAUGGCUAAUUACAUCUGUAGGCCUUGAAAAAUGUAAAAAAAAAAAGAAUGCAGUGUUCUUUAAAUUAUUCUGGUACAAGGUUUUUGUCCCUUGAAAAUUAUAAUUACUGAAUUUCCUGGUGUGUUCCGUCUUAAAGCACUGCAGUACGGUAUAUACAGAAAAAUACGUUAACAGACCAGAAUUGUACACUGUAAUCGUGCUUAAAUCCUCUUUAGGGUACUAACUACCAUCAUCACUUCAGGCAAGAUUAUUUAAGAAAACUUGAAAGCCCAUUUGAUAUAAAGAGGAUUCUUACCUUUCUCUAUCCUGGGGUGGUCAUGUGUAAUGAAACAAAACUGAGGAGAA